AUGGGUAACUGCAUAAGAAGACGGAAAGAUAAUGAAGAUUGUGAAGAUGAUAGCCAUAUCAAUGGAGCAAAAAAAAGAUCAAGAGGUUCUUUCGCCAGUGUAUUGAGAACUAUGUGGUCUAAACGUGGUUGUUGUCCUCAACAACAUUCACCACAAUCUAUCACAAAAUCUGCAAGCGGUACGCAAUUUCCAAGUCUAUUUAGAUAUAUUGAUGGCAGGAGAUAUCACAAUGAUGAGAAUUCGAAAUAUCCAUUACCGAAUGAUGAUGAGGAGAUAAAUCGGUUGCAAUCUCAACAUUAUUUAUUUAGACAUGCUUGGGGUAAAAAUUACUCUUCACCUGUUGAAGAAAUUCUUAGAGCUGGCGGUGCGCGCGUGUUGGAUGUCGGGUAA